UCUGCACUCUCUGUAGCGGGGAGAGAGAGAGAAAACAAAACUACAGACACAGAAAUAAGUUUCUUCAAAGAAGGCACAAAAAUAAGAAAAAGCAAAACCCUAAAGAGGCUCCAUUUUCAUGGAGAAUCUCUCGCAUUCUCGCCAGCCAAACAGGGCCAACGGCGCCAGUAAGGUGGCGAGGAAGGCCUACAACAAUGGCGGUGGCUUCGGAAGCAGGGCUAUGUUCGAUGACGUGUACGGUGGACCGCCGAAGUUCGGCGCCUCGGCCACGCUCUCGCCGCGCUCCGAGGACUACAGUGAGAUUUUCGAGAGCUUCCACGUGUCACGCGCCUCUUCCAUUCCGGUGCUGGAUCUUCCGGCGGUCGACGACUCCGAGGUCUUCUUCGAUGUACGGAGCUCCGGCUUCGACUACACCGAGGUCUUCGGGGGAUUCGACGGUCUGGACUGUGCGCUGUCGUACGAGGACUUGCUGUUUGACCAGUCCAAGGAUGGGGACCGCGAUUCCUCUGAAGAAGAAGAAGCUUGGACUCCGGCAGGAAGUGGAUCUCCUUCAGAAGAGUCGGAUCAUUAUGAGAAGAAUCAUUGCUUGUCAAAUGGGGAAUGUUACCAGUCGUUUGAUGAUGGUAAUACGGAUUUCAGCAUUUCUUAUCACAAGGCUAAUCAGACGAGUGAUGAAUAUAUGUCCUGUGAGACGACACACAUAAGUGAGCUACAUGCUGUUUCUGGAUUCACUUUUGGAUUCAAAGAAAGUUCUCCCUUGCAAAACACAGAAGAUGAGAAUCCAUUCUUGCAAGUGACUGAUGAUGACAAUCUCAGUAUGGAUUUUAGUGUAGGAAUGAUAAAGGGAAAGCAUCUGAAGAAAACCAUGUCACACCCCUCUAAUGGUAUUGCUGGAGGACAGACGUUUGGAAAUGAUCUUAAACCUGAAAAAGGAUAUUGCAGAAGUGGUUCUCUUCCUAAUGGGACGUUUCUAACUGUAUCUGAUAUCAGUCUUAGAACGCAGCCCUCUGAAUUGCCACCACCCUCUCGACCACCGCCUUUAGCAGAUGUCAAGAUGGAAGAUUCCAUUAGUUUGACUUCAAACGGCAAAUGCAUUGAUUCUGAAGGGACUGCAGGUGAUAGUUCACUGCCUAUCUUUGAUGUUGAGGUUGAUGCGAGCUCAUCUGCUGCGGCAUCUGCAGCUGCUAUGAAGGAGGCAAUGAAGAAAGCUCAAGCCAAACUCAGAAGCGCAAAAGAACUCAUGGAUAGGAAGAAGGAGGGCUUUCAUGGCAGUGCAAAAAUGAGUUCAAAGAAUCAUGUACUGGAUAGGGAAGAGAAGGAGAGUAAGAUUGUUGAUGAGUGUGCUAUUUUGAGGGAUGAUAGUGAGCAGAGUGCUCAUCACAGAGAAGGCAACAGGGAGGAAAGGCAAAAGGUUAGAAAGAAAGCCCAGGAAGUUCCAGAUUCAAUUGAAGAAGAGAAACUUCUAAAAGUGACUAAAAAAUCAGCAGAGAAAAAGCUUGGCCAGGAAUCCUGGUCAUCUCUGCGGUCUGAUAAAAUUGAUGGAGAUAGUGAAUGGAAAGAAGCAUCACAAUUUUUUGAAUUGGUGAGAACAGAUGAGUCUGGUAAGGCUCUUCAACAGACGAACCACGUACAGAUUUCAGUGCAUAAUACACAAAUGCAUGAGCGAGGACGGAAGGAGACAAAGGCAACCCUGGGAGUAUUUGGACAGAAAGAAGAAGAUAGUAAGAACGUGAAAUCAGCUAGAGGAAAUCAUGAGCUGGAGUAUGAGAAGAGAUCUAAAGUAGCAAAAGAGGCUUGUGAACAGGAGGAAAAUAAUGGGAGAUCAAAAACAGUUAAAGAGGCACACAGGCAGAAAGAGCAUGAGAAGGUGAAAGUGGCUCGAGAGGUUUUUGAACAGGUGGAGAAUGAGAAGAAAGUUAGAGUAGCCCAGAAGCGUUUAGAAACUGAAAAAAAAUCAACUGGAGCUGAUGUAUCAGAAAACUGCGACAACCUGGCUGAGUUCCAGCGGAAAGAAAAUAAAUUUGAAGUUGAGCAGGCCAUGAAGCACAAGGAGAAUCAGCUGAAACUGAAAGAGGCUAAUAAACGAAUGGAAGGGGAGAAAAGACACAAGGAGUCUUGUGAAAGGGAAGACAAUGAAAAGAGGAAAAUUGAGGGUUUUAAGCAGGAAGAAAAUGAGAAGAAGCUUAAAGAGGCUCUAGGGCGAGUAGAAGAUGAGAAAAAACUGAAGGAAGCACUUGAGCAGAAAGAAAGUGAGAAGAGAUUAAAGGAGGAGGUUAUUGAGCGGGAUGAAAAUGAGAAAAAACAGAAAGAGGCUUGCAAAAGACAAGAAGAUGAAAAAGAAUUAAGAGAGGAUCUUGAGCAGGAAGAGAAUAAAAAGCAACUACAAAAGGUUCUUGAGCAGGAGGAGCGUGAGAAGAGACUAAAAGAGACUCUUGAGUGGGAAGAAGAUGAGAAGAAACAAAAAGAAUUUCACGAAAGAGAGGAAAAUGAGAAGAGACUAGAACAAGCUCUUGAGCGGGAAGAAAAUGAGAAGAAACAACAAGACGCUUAUGAAAGAAAUGAAAAUGAGAAGAGACUCAAUGUUGCUUGUGAAAUAGAAGAGGAGAAGAGUCUAUAUGGAGCUUCUGAGCAAGAGGAUGGCAGAGAAAACCUGAAAAGGGCUCACGAAAGAAAAGAACAUGACGGAAGAUCCAAAGAAGGAUUUGAGCAGGAAGAAACUGAGAAGACAGCAAAAGAGGCGAGUAUCUGGGAAGAGACUGAGAAGAGGCUUAAAGAUGCUGGUGGGAAGGAAGAACUGAAGGGACUUAACAAAUUGCAUGGGCAAACUGGGAGGGAUAAAACUGGGAAGAAACUGAAACUGGCUAAACAAACCUUUUUGCGCGUGGAGGGGGAGGAUCUUAGGGUUUCUGAUGGGGCAUUGGAGCGGGAGGAUAGUGAAAACCUUCAAGCACCUAACUUAACGUGCACAAAUGAUAAAAACAGUGAAAAUAUGGAAAAAACUGAAGAUGCCCUUGCUCAUGAAGAGAAUGGAACGACAAAGUCUGAACCCAAAGAUAAAGAAAAGGAUCCAGAAGCUGUUGAAAUUGCAAAUGUACUAGUUGGUGAAAAAUGCAAAGCAUCUGAUGUUGCUCAAGGAGACUUGGGACUUGAGGAGAACCGAUUUGGGAUGGAAGAUGAUAAAAAGUCACUUCCUUUAGAUGAAAAUGUGAAGAAGGCAGGUGCACCCAGCAUUGGUGUUGGACAAACUCAGACAUACAGAAGUAAGAGUCUCUCCCAACUGGACUCUGAUCCUAUAAUUCAAGAGAGGAAAUUUGCACAUGAAUGGGGAGAGAGGGGAAAUAAUAUGAAGCAGACCCAGGCUGUUCUGGACCAGGAAGAAAGCAAGGACAGACUCAUGUCAACUCACGUGAAGAAAGACUGGGUUGAAAGUGGAAGGAAAAUAGAAGCAGCUUGUCCAGCUAUGCCCGAAGUGAAAGGAAACAUCCAGAAAACAUCUCCCCGUGUUAAUGUUAGACAGACUACAGAAAGAAAAGAGAAGAAUAUUAACGAAGAAGACAAAGAAAUGGAAAGGACAAAGAGAGAAAGAGAGCUGGAGAUGGAUCGCCUCAGAAAGAUAGAAGAAGAGAGGGAGAGGGAGAGGGAAAGAGAAAAGGAUAGAAUGGCUGUUGACAGAGCAACGCUUGAAGCUCGUGAAAGGGCAUAUACCGAAGCCCGUGAGAAGGCAGACAGGGCUGCUGUGGAGAGAGCAAUGGCAGAGGCUCGUGAAAGACUAGAGAAGGCAUGUGCUGAGGCUCGGGAGAAGUCAUUCACCGAGAAGGCAACUAUGGAAGCCAAGCUCAGAGCAGAACGUGCCGCAAUAGAGAGAGCAACUGCAGAGGCUCGGGAGCGUGUCGUGGAAAGAGUGAUGGCUGAGAAGGCUGCAUUUGGGACAAGAGAACGAAUGGAAAGAUCUGUUUCUGAUAAAUAUUCGGCUUCUUUCAGAAAUAGUGAAAUGAAACAGAGCUCUUCUUCCUUAGUUUAUGGAGCUGCCUAUCAUGCUGAGAGAUCUGAAGGAGUUGAAGGUGAAUCACCUCAGAGGUGUAAAGCUAGAUUCGAGAGGCAUCAGCGUACAACUGAACGUGCAGCAAAAGCUCUUGCAGAGAAAAAUAUGCGUGAUCUCCUUGCUCAGAGAGAGCAAGCUGAGAGAAAUAGAUUAGCAGAAACGUUGGAUGCUGAUGUUAGGAGGUGGUCAAGUGGAAAAGAAGGGAAUCUGCGUGCAUUGCUUUCGACACUGCAAUAUAUCCUUGGGCCUGACUGUGGUUGGCAGCCAAUCCCUUUAACAGAAGUCAUAACUGCUGCUGCUGUAAAGAAAGCUUACAGGAAAGCCACUCUUUGUGUUCAUCCUGAUAAAUUACAACAGCGGGGUGCAAGCAUUCAGCAGAAGUACAUAUGUGAAAAGGUCUUUGAUCUUCUGAAGGAAGCUUGGAACAAAUUCAACUCAGAAGAGCGGUAGCCGAGAUGUCAGUAUGUACGAUGAAUACACAUACAGAAUCAAGCUGCACAUUUUGUAAUUUUAUACUGCAAGUGUAUAUCUGUAUGUCCAUCUGAUAAUUCUCUUUAUCUAUGUAGCCCCUGAAUCAAUGUAAGCUCAAACUCAAAAGUAUAGAGGAGGUUAGAAGCAAAUAUUAAUGAACUGUUCAAAAUUGGACAUU